AUGAGAGCUUUCGGCAAGUUGGCUAUGGUAUCUGGUGCUACUUUACUUGUGAGUGGGUUAGAGUGUACGCGACACAUCGAGUUGAUGAUCCUGCAAGAUGCGUCCACUUCUUUUUAUGAGCUGGGCGAGGACAUGGCCAACAAGGUAGAGACGCUGAUUGACUCGCUGAACGAUCAGAUAGGAACUGUAGAGGCAAGUCUGGCCGUGUGGAGCGACAAACCGGUACCGUUCCGUGGUGUGGGCUACACCCGUGGCGUCCCGGAGCACCUGACCCGGCAAACCUGA